AGAAAGAAAAAGUCGCGGGCCGGCUUAUCCCACCCACUCCCACCAAGCCACAGCGGCCGAGGCGGACGCCGGCGAGCCGACGACCACCGCCGCCUUCUCAUCUGCCCGCCCCUUCCGCAGCCAUGUCUUCUUCCGUCCACUUCUUCCCCGCCGCCUCGCAGGCUCCCACCGCCGCCUGCCUCCUCAGGCCCUCCCCCAAACCCCUCCUCCACAGUCCCAUCUCGGCCACCACCGCCGCCUUCCAGCUCCGGAGCGCCGCGCCGCGCCUCCGCCUCAGGAGGCGAACACGAGUUCGCACCGCCCCGAAAACGCCGCCCGAAGCGCCUCCCGUGGGCCCCGACCCCGACGGCGGGGGCGGCGGAGGAGGGGAGGGCGGCGGUGGAGGCGGCGGGGACGGGGAUGAGGAGGGGGAGAGGCAGGGGCUGCUGCCCGAGUGGCUCACCGUGACGACGGAGGACGCCAAGACGGUCCUGGCCGCCGUCGCCAUCUCGCUCGCCUUCCGCGCCUUCGUCGCCGAGCCGCGGUUCAUCCCCUCGCUCUCCAUGUUCCCCACCUACGACGUCGGCGACCGCAUCGUCGCCGAGAAGGUUACAUACUACUUCAGGAAGCCUUGUGUAAAUGAUAUCGUAAUAUUCAAAAGCCCACCAGUGCUACAGGAUGUUGGGUAUACUGAUAAUGAUGUUUUCAUCAAAAGAAUAGUUGCCAGGGCUGGAGAUAUUGUUGAGGUUCAUAAAGGAAAACUAGUUGUGAAUGGUGAGGCUAGGGAUGAAGAAUUCAUUCUUGAGCCACCUUCUUAUGACAUGAACCCAGUGCAAGUGCCUGAAAAUGCAGUUUUUGUAAUGGGAGAUAACCGAAAUAACAGUUAUGAUUCCCAUGUGUGGGGUCCUCUUCCUGCAAAGAACAUAUUGGGAAGAUCUAUUUUCCGGUACUGGCCGCCUGGUCGAAUAGGGUCGACUACCCGUGAUUGCUUUGGCCCUGAAACAAAACCAGAUUCACUCAUUGAUGUCAAAUUGACAAAGUAGAAGUUUAGUUGGCUAGUUAAUCUGGUGAGAAGUUCAGGCUUCCAGUAAUCGAGCUCCUAUUUUGGACUACAUAUUCCUCGUUAGAAAUUCAUAGAGGAGUACAUUUGACAGCCUGACUUGUAGAAAUCAGGGAAGGGAACAAAUUUGAUCCCCGUGAAUUAGGAAUGUCAGUCACGAGUACAGAAACCAUUUUGUUCCAAGGUUUCUGCUUGUUUCCGCCCCUUGUUGUAUGUAUAUUAAGGAAAUUUGUUGUUUAUAUUCCGUCAAUUGGAAGGUUCUCAUUCCUAAUUAUUGACCGAGAAAAAAGACCAGGCUACUAGAUUCUAUGACAUCAUGUGCACGUCAUCAUAUUCUCGCGCAAUUUUAUCCUUGGCAUUGUGCAUGAAGUUAUCUUUUCUUGUUA